AUGGCGGUGGCGUCACCGCUUUUAACUUCACCACCAACAGUAUCUCCAUUUCUCCGACAAACCCGAAGCUACAAAAGGACCUUAAUCCGGUCGUUCUCAUCAGCAUCAUCGCCAAUGGACCUUCACCACCCAAAACGAGUCGUCGUAUGCGGCGGCGGCGUCAUAGGCGUAAAAAGACACCGAUCCCUCACCACUCUCAGCCUCACCGUCACUGAGUCUCAGAGCUCGAAACCCUCUGGAAAGUCCGCUUUGCCGUCCUGGGUUGAUGGGCCGGGUCGGAGCCCGAGAACCAUCGGGACCACGGAGACCACGGCCCAGGUCCAUCCUCAGCUCUUUACCCGGACCUUGAUUUCGAAGGCGGCGGAGGAUUAUGGCGUCGACGUGGUGAUUGGGAAAUUGGAGCACUUGGGAGUGGACGAUGGGCGAGUGAACUCGGUGGUUUUGGAGGGAGGACGAGUGAUUGACUCGGACGCUGUCGUUUUGGCGCUGGGGCCAUGGUGUGGGAAAUUUGAGCUGUUGUCGUCGUUGUUCAGAGUGUACGGUAUAAAGGCUCAUAGCAUUGUGUUGGAGCCUAAAGAACCUGAGGCUAUAACCCCUCAUGCGCUUUUCCUGAGUUACUAUCCGUCUCAAGGAGGAAAGCCCUUGGACCCAGAAGUUUACCCUCGCCCCACAGGUGAGGUGUAUGUGUGUGGGAUGUCCGCAGAGGCAGAGAUACCGGAUGAUCCGGAGCAAAUAGUGGGCAAUCCGGAAUCGAUAGAGAUGCUGAAAGGGGUGGCAAGCAGUGUGUCAAGCCAUUUGAGAGAAGGAGAGGCACAGGUGAAGGCAGAGCAAGCAUGUUUCCUGCCCUGUACUGAUGAUGGUGUCCCUGUGAUUGGGGAGGUGCCAGGGGUUAAGGGGUGUUAUGUGGCUACUGGGCAUAAUUGUUGGGGGAUUCUAAAUGGUCCUGCCACUGGAGCUGCUGUGGCUGAGCUUGUGCUGGAUGGGAAAGCUAGCAUUGUAGAUCUCAGUCGGUUUAGUCCGGCAAGAUUUGUUGGGCUUAAGAAGGGUUAAGACAUUAAUCUGGUGUAGACAGAUUUAGAGCAUUGAGGAAGUGCAGUGAAGUAAUGUUGUAUCUGGAGGCAGGCUGUAUUUGAUCUUAGUUAGCUAGCAGUCAGGAAUCAAGCAGCGGCGGUCAAAAGAAAUAAGCUGUUGCAGUUGCCAGCAAGCAAAGCAAGAAAGCAUGUAGCAGCUGAGUAUGGUAGUUGGAAGAUAGUUAAGACUGUCAGGACUUUGUGUAAUUAGCUGUAAUUGUUUGUUCCCUGCCCUGUGCGAGAAGCAACGCAAAGGAAUGCGGUUGUUUAAGUACAAGCCAUUGUAAAAAUGACUGAUAUUCAUGAAAUGGAAGAUUACAAAUUAGUAGGCAUCAGUCUUCUUGCCAUCCAGCUGGACCCUUUUCUUUUUAUGUUUUAUAGGUCUGGUGCUGGACCCUUGUUGCUCUGGAAAAUUUGCACACUAAUGUAAGUUUCGGUUCUGGAACCAGGGCUAUUCUGAGAGAAAAACAUAUAUGUACCGGAGAUGUCAUUGUGGCAGUAUGUA